AUGGCUUCGAAUCUCUCCACACGAGCGGUCAGGUCCGCCUGUAUCGCGUCAAAGGCCGCUCCUCGCUCCCUGGUCACAUUAAUCCCUCGUCGCUCCUUCGCCACCAACCCCGAGACCGCGGAGCCCCCAACUACCCAGGCUGAACAACCCCGAUGGUCGUACACUCCUCCGCAGGCCAAGGCGCCAUUCAGUUUGCACAUGCACUCUGGACGUCCUGAAUUCCACAACAACUCGGACCCCGAAGUCCUUGACAAGUUCUACAUCCGUAUGCUGGGCAAUGGCGGCGAGAAUUAUCUCUCGGAGGAAACCAAGUGGUUGGCCGUGACCCACAAGAGUUUCGAUCAAGGACGCCGCGGAUUCAAUGAUCGAUUGGCUUUUCUCGGAAAACGCAUCGUUCAAUUGCAGGCAUCGCUUGCUCUUGCGCAGAACCCUACACCUGCUAGCAGCUCCGCAAAGGUGGACGAGUUUGGCCGUGAGCCUUUCUCCCACGCUGCGCUGGAUGGCCUGCGCAACCUUUCUCCCAGCACUAAGAGCUUCUUGACCGACCGGUCCAAGCUGGCCGAGCUGGCACAAAAAUACGAGAUGCAGAAGGUUGUCCGAUGGGAGCCUCGCAAGCCUAACAACCUGAUGGCAUCUGGACUGGAGCUGGUCCUGGCACACACCAUGUAUGCCAUUAUUGGAGCGAUUUCUUUGGAGAAGGGAGGACAUAUUGCCAACAAGGUGGCUCAGGAGCGGAUACUCGAGCCUUUGGGCAUUCGGUCGGUUUCAUAA